UCCCCCCCCCCCCCCCCCUCUUGAAUUGAAAGCAGCCAUUGUUUCCGGCAAGAUUCAUCUUUAACUCCAUUUCUGAUACUUUCAGCCAUUGUUUCCUGCACAAAACCCCUUUCUUUCAUCCAAUCGCUACCUAAUUAAUUUGUUCAAGAAACAUGACCAACCUCACAGCCAGUGAGUUGAAUUACAUGGUCUUCCGAUACCUUCAAGAAUCAGGUUUUUUACAUACAGCUUUUAAUUUCGGACAUGAGGCGGAUAUCCAGAGGGAAGCCAACAUUGAUCCAACUUCGGUUCCACCUGGAGCCCUUGUCACCUUUGUACAGAGUGGAAUUCAGUAUCUUGAAAUGAAAGCAAAUUUAAAAAUUGAUGAUUCAGAUAUAGCGGAUGAUUUUGUAUUCGUAAAACCUUUUGACCUCCUUAAUAUGAAUGUUGAGGAACUAAAACAAAAUAUAGAAAAGAAUAGGGUUCUUCAGGCUGCAAUGAACCUUCAGAGUCUACGUAAGGGGAAAGAAAGAGAGGAUAGCGAGAUAGUUGGUAAGGGUAAGGAAAAGAUAGAUGACGACGUUAACUAUAAACUUAACGAAAGUGUGGCAUUUGGAGGACUUGAACCAAUGCAUUUUGCUCCCUCUUCAACACUCCAACCUUGGGUACGGUAUCGUGGGGUCCGUAGUCGCGAUGUAUUGGCCUUGGAAGGACAUUCUGCUGAGGUUUUUGCCUGUGCUUGGAGUCCAGCAGGUUUAGUUCUCGCAUCCGGGUCCGGAGACUCGACAGCUAGGAUUUGGAGAAUUUCAGAUAGGAGUAACAGCACUAGUGCUAUUAACAGGCUUGCUAGUAUGCAUGUACUGCGACAUUUCGAAGCUAGAUCAAAAGAAAAACGAAAAGGCGUCUUAACACUCGAUUGGAACUUUGACGGGACGCUUCUGGCCACGGGUUCACACGCUGGUGUGACUCGAAUCUGGCAUGCAUCUGGUGAGAUGAAGAGUAUCUUGAUGAAACACGAUGGACCGAUAUUUUCUGUUAAGUGGAAUAAGAAGGGUGAUUGUGUUCUUACUGGAGGCUUUGACCGAAGCGGUGUUGUUUGGGACAUUAACACUAAUAAAUUGAUCCAACAAUUCGACUUCCAUUCAGGUUCUAUCCUGGAUGUUGAUUGGCGAACGAAUCGCACGUUUGCCACCGGCUCAACUGAUACACUGAUCUAUGUUUGCAAAAUCGGCGAAAGUCAACCAGUCAAAAGAAUUUCUGGGCAUAAGGAUCAAGUUAAUUGUGUUAAAUGGGAUCCAAGUUGUAUGCUAUUGGCUUCCUGCUCGGAUGAUACAACGGCAAAGAUAUGGAGGAUGGAGCAGCACAUGCCUGUUCAUGAUUUCAAAGAUCAUGAUAAGGAGGUAUACACAAUCACGUGGAGUCCCACCGGACCCGCAACAAACAAUCCCAACAAGAAGUUACUGUUGGCAAGUGCUUCAUUAGACUCGACGGUGAAGCUAUGGGAUGUCUCGUCUGGAGGACUUUUCGGCAGCUUGAACGGCCACAGGGACGCAGUGUAUUGUUUGGCGUUUAGUCCAAACGGUGAGUAUCUGGCAACUGGUUCUGAGGACAGGUUGAUGAACAUAUGGUCAGUAAAAGAUGGGAUGAUUGUGAAAACCUAUUUCUGUAAGGGGAGUGUGUCUCAAGUGUGCUGGAACAAGGAAGGUAACAAGAUUGCUUAUGGUACGCGUAAGAACAGUGUUUGUAUUUCGGAUUUCCGAAUGUGAACCCACCUGGUGGUUGUGGGGUGGCCUGUUGUGUACAGAGCUUAGUGUGAGUGAUAGCAUGAACUCAGUUGCGUUGUUGUGUUAAAUACAUGGAUGUCAUGUGUGUUGUGUGCUUGUUUUAUUUCUUUGGUAAUCCUUUAUGAAAAAGGUAUCUUUAAUAAAGAUGGUGUUGGUGGUGUUUUUGUCC